AUGUCAUUCUUCAUUCGAUCUCUUCCACGAUUACCAAAAACAUAUAAUCGCACCAUCUUCUGUCAAUCUAUAAACAAAAGAGCUUUUCAUCAAACUAUCGCAAAAAUGGGUGUUCACAACAUUGCCAAAAUCAACAGCGCAACUGAUUUCAAGGCUGCUCUUACCAACAACCAAGUUGUUGUUCUCGACGCCUUUGCAACAUGGUGUGGUCCUUGUAAGGCUAUCGCUCCUAGAGUUGUCAAGCUCUCGGAAGAAUACCCCGCCGCCCAUUUCAUCAAAAUCGAUGUCGAUCAGUUGCCAGAGGUAUCACAAGAGCUCGGUAUCAGAGCUAUGCCUACCUUUAUCAUUUUCAAGGGAGCGGAGAAGGUUGCAGAGGUUGUAGGUGCCAACCCUGCUGCAUUGGAAAGUGCUAUUCAGAGCGCUGUUGAGGGGGUUGAGCCUAAGGCUUAGAGGGGGUGUUUCUGAUGUUUGGGAUAGAAGAUUGAAAGGAAGUUCAUACACAUGGGUAGAAUAGAGUGCCUAAGGGGGCUAUACCGCCUGGUUUUUUGGGUUCCGAUACGUGGAGGUUAGGAAUCAACGUAUGAAUUGAUAUUUUAGAACUACGCGAUUUGGAUCUAUGGAUCUUACUCUUGUGAACGGGCUAUGAAUGAUGGCGAUGAAAUCACUCUGUUUCACCUUUUCUUCAGUAU